UUGUUUUGAAAAUGCUCUUGCUCGCAACGUGCUUCAUUAUUUCUGUAACUUCGAUAGAUCAAUACAGGAAAAUUUUCGUUAAAUUGCUUGGUAUUCGAUUAUUUCUGGACAAAAAAUGUCAGAUUGCGUGGAAGUAGCAGUAACGAGUGAUUCCAGUGACCAGCUGUGGAGCUGCUGCGUGUGGGACGUACGAACGGGAACGCAUCUGAUUUCGUACAAGGGUGGCGGCGCACCCGGAGCUCACACUUUGGCCACGAUAGCUAACCAGUUCAUUUUGACGGGUAACAUGGUAAAACCGAUGCUGCACAUUUGGCCCAUUAACCGUCACGAAGCCAUUGCUACUAGAUUCAUCCUUCCGGGUCGUCCUACAGCAGUCGCAGUGUCGCCGGAUGGUACAUAUUGCGUCGUAGCAGUGCAAGAAACUAUCAAUGUCUAUCAGCUCGCCACUGGUGCUAUGCUGGCUACGAUUUCCCGACACUACCAAGCAGUCAAUGUUCUUCGAUUCACGGAUGAUGGGACUCAUUUCAUAAGCGCUGGCCAAGAUGGAAUGGUACUUGUCUGGAGCUUGUCUUAUGUCAUACGAGUUUAUCAGAAACAAUCGCUAAAUGCUUUGUAUUCGUUUUCGGACCACGCUCUUCCAGUUACAGAUGUAUUUGUUGGAAAAGGUGGAAUGAAAGCAUUGUUUUGCUCGGUUUCUGCCGAUCGGUCGUGUAAAGUAUACGACCUAUCGUCUGGCACUAUGCUACUGAACUUGGUCUUCCAAGAUCCAUUAUCUUCUGUUACAAUGGAUACGCUGGAAUCCGGCGUGUUCUUAGGAACAAGCGAAGGUCCCAUAUAUUGCUUCAACCUGCUAUCACCGCCUCGUAUCAAGGAAUAUCAUGUAGAUCGGAAACAGCAGCAAAAAAAUGUUUUCCUUGGACAUAAGAAAGCCGUAACGUGUCUUUCCGUUUCCAUAGACGGAGAAACUCUUCUAUCAGGAGGAGCUGACGAAAACGUUUUCUUGUGGCACACCAAAAGUCGUCAGCAGCUGCGAGUCAUUCCACAUAAGGGCACCGUCACCAAUGCACAGUUCCUGCUUACGCCAAAAGCAAUGUUCGAUCAGGAAAUUAAACUUAAUCCGCUGUUUCAGCCAUUCCAGAAGAUGGUAUAUCCCAGCGACAAGAUUGACGACCUUGUAGUGGAAAUUGAAGUAAAGGAAAAUGUACGGGAUACCGUAUCAACCAAUGACCGAGAAGGUGCAACGAGCAGCGUCCCAAAUGGGAAUAUACCCAACAAUCAAGAUGAAAUCAUUAAAUUGAGAAAGGAAAUACAGCAUCUAAAAUCAAUCAACAAGGAAAUGUUUGAGUUCACGGUUAAAAACGCACUGCAUCAGGACAGUUAAAAAAUAACAUAUGUGUAUUUUACGGUUCUUAAAUAAAGAGGUCA